UCCGACCCUGCGAGUGCAGUUCCUUGUGAAGUGUUUUGCACUUGCUGCUCGUCGCCCCAAGGAGCCCACUCUGCCCCUUGCUCGAGAAGACCACCUCCCCGCCCUUUGCCUCAUAAUGAGUCAGCUGAGGCUGCUGCCAUCCCGGCUUGGGGCACAGGCCUCAAGGCUCCUGGCCACACAUGGCACCCAAAGGUUCAGCUGGUACAGCAGGUCAUCUGGGCCACCGGCCACCUUCCCAAGCAGCAAAGUUGGAGGCGGCUCCAGUUACAUGGAGGAGAUGUACUUCGCCUGGUUGGAAAACCCGCAGAGUGUCCACAAGUCCUGGGACAGCUUCUUCCGGAAAGCCAGUGAGGAAGCCUCUUAUGGCCUGGCUCAGCCCCGGUCCCUUUCUGUUGUCCCUGAGAGCAGGCCAGCAGUGUUGAGCCGGACCAAGACCAGUAAGCUGGUGGAGGACCACCUGGCUGUGCAGUCUCUGAUCCGGGCCUACCAGAUCCGUGGCCACCAUGUGGCCCAACUGGACCCCCUGGGCAUUCUGGAUGCAGACCUGGACUCCUUUGUGCCCUCAGACUUAAUCACCACCAUUGAUAAAUUGGCCUUCUACGACCUGCGGGAGGCUGACCUGGAUAAGGAGUUCCAGCUGCCCACAACUACCUUUAUUGGAGGCUCUGAAAACACCCUUUCUCUGCGGGAGAUCAUUCGGCGCCUGGAGAACACAUACUGCCAGCACAUCGGUCUGGAGUUCAUGUUCAUCAAUGAUGUGGAGCAGUGUCAGUGGAUCCGGCAGAAGUUCGAGACCCCUGGCGUGAUGCAGUUCUCCAGCGAGGAGAAGCGGACCCUGCUGGCCCGGCUGGUGCGCUCUAUGAGGUUUGAAGACUUCCUGGCCCGGAAGUGGUCCUCGGAGAAGCGGUUUGGCCUGGAGGGCUGUGAGGUCAUGAUUCCUGCCCUCAAGACCAUCAUCGACAAAUCCAGCGAGAUGGGGAUCGAGAAUGUCAUCUUGGGGAUGCCACACAGGGGCAGGCUGAAUGUGCUGGCCAACGUCAUCCGCAAGGACCUGGAGCAGAUCUUCUGCCAGUUUGACCCCAAGCUGGAGGCGGCGGAUGAGGGCUCCGGAGAUGUCAAAUAUCACCUCGGCAUGUACCAUGAGAGGAUCAACCGAGUCACAAACAGGAACAUCACUCUGUCGCUUGUGGCCAACCCCUCCCACCUGGAAGCUGUGGACCCCGUGGUGCAGGGGAAGACAAAGGCAGAGCAGUUCUACCGUGGGGAUGCUCAGGGCAAGAAGGUCAUGUCCAUCCUGGUCCAUGGGGACGCUGCCUUCGCUGGCCAGGGUGUGGUCUAUGAGACCUUCCACCUGAGUGACCUGCCCUCUUACACCACCAACGGUACCGUGCACGUCGUCGUCAACAACCAGAUUGGCUUCACCACAGACCCCCGGAUGGCCCGCUCCUCACCAUACCCCACCGACGUGGCCCGUGUGGUCAACGCACCCAUCUUCCAUGUGAAUGCAGAUGACCCAGAGGCCGUGAUAUAUGUGUGCAGUGUGGCGGCCGAGUGGAGGAACACCUUCAAUAAAGACGUCGUGGUGGACCUGGUCUGUUACCGCCGGCGUGGCCACAAUGAGAUGGACGAGCCCAUGUUCACGCAGCCACUCAUGUACAAGCAGAUCCACAGGCAGGUGCCUGUGCUGAAGAAGUAUGCAGACAAGCUCAUCGCCGAGGGCACAGUGACCCUACAGGAAUUCGAGGAAGAAAUCGCCAAAUAUGACCGGAUCUGUGAGGAGGCGUUUGGCAGGUCCAAGGAUAAAAAGAUCCUGCAUAUAAAGCACUGGCUGGACUCCCCCUGGCCUGGCUUCUUCACUGUGGACGGGGAGCCCAAGAGCAUGACAUGCCCAGCCACGGGUAUUCCAGAGGACAUGCUGACCCACAUUGGUGAAGUGGCCAGCUCUGUGCCCCUGGAGGACUUUAAGAUCCACACGGGCCUCUCUCGCAUCCUGCGGGGCCGUGCGGACAUGACCAGGAAGAGGACAGUGGACUGGGCGCUGGCAGAGUACAUGGCCUUUGGCUCCCUGCUCAAGGAAGGCAUCCAUGUGCGGCUCAGUGGGCAGGACGUGGAGAGGGGCACAUUCAGUCACCGGCACCACGUUCUCCAUGACCAGGAGGUUGACCGGAGGACGUGCGUCCCCAUGAACCACCUCUGGCCUGACCAGGCCCCCUACACUGUGUGCAACAGCUCCCUCUCGGAGUACGGAGUUCUGGGCUUCGAGCUGGGCUAUGCCAUGGCCAGCCCCAACGCCCUGGUCCUCUGGGAGGCGCAGUUUGGUGACUUCCACAACACGGCCCAGUGCAUCAUCGACCAGUUCAUCAGCACGGGCCAGGCCAAGUGGGUUCGGCACAAUGGCGUCGUGCUGCUGCUGCCCCAUGGCAUGGAGGGCAUGGGCCCAGAGCACUCCUCAGCCAGGCCCGAGAGGUUCCUGCAGAUGAGCAAUGAUGACUCGGACGCCUACCCCGCGUUCACCCAGGACUUCGAGGUGAGGCAGCUCUACGACUGCAACUGGAUAGUGGUCAACUGCUCCACGCCGGCCAGCUACUUCCACGUGCUGCGCCGCCAGAUCCUGCUGCCCUUCCGCAAGCCGCUGAUCAUCUUCACACCCAAAUCUCUGCUGAGGCACCCAGAGGCCAAGUCCAGCUUUGACCAAAUGGUUUCUGGGACCAGCUUCCAGCGGGUGAUUCCUGAGGAUGGGGCUGCGGCGCAGGCUCCCGGGCAGGUGCGGCGGCUCAUCUUCUGCACGGGAAAGGUGUACUAUGACCUGGUGAAGGAGCGGAGCGGCCAGGGCCUGGACGAGCAUGUGGCCAUCACACGCCUGGAGCAGAUCUCUCCAUUCCCCUUCGACCUGAUCAAGCGAGAGGCAGAGAAGUACCCAGGCGCAGAGCUGGUGUGGUGCCAGGAGGAGCACAAGAACAUGGGCUACUACGACUACAUCAGCCCGCGCUUCAUGACCAUCCUGGGCCGAGUGCGGCCCAUAUGGUAUGUUGGCCGAGACCCAGCAGCUGCACCAGCCACAGGAAACAGGAACACUCACCUGGUGUCUCUGAAGAAGUUUCUGGAUACUGCCUUCAAUCUCCAGGCCUUUGAGGGCAAGACAUUUUAGAGCCUGCCUGGGUCUUGCUGUGGGGUUGUUGAGGACACCGGGGACAUUAGGGGCUGGCUGGCUCUUCUGCCCAGGAGAGGGACUGUCAGGGGCCCCAAGAUAAAACACACCCAUGCAGUGAUUGAGGCCAAAGGGUAGGUACCCCUGACUUCGGUAUUAUGCCACCUUGGGCCUUUGUGUUUAUUUCAGAAUCUCUUAGGGCUGAGAAAGCCAGAGGGGUCUGAUAGAUGGGCUGUAGUUGUAGAGUGUUUCCCCAGCUGCCCUGGUCUCUCUGGAGUGUUUGUGUGGCUUCUCCGUCUGUGUCGUUCAUGUCUCUGCAGACAGCCAGCCACACAGGAGCCCGUGUCUCUGGUCUCUUUCUCCCAGCCUGGUAGAUUUGACUGCUGCUCACCCUGUCCUUGUUCGUCUGUGAAUUCAAGAACUGUUCUCUUUUGUGCUCUUAGAAAUAGAGAUUUUAGCAAUAACAGCCAGGUGAAGCAAAACCAUGCCAGGUGAUUUAUAUGUGCUCUGUUUUAUGGGGCGUGUCAUAAUAAAAUAUGUCAGCUUCUGUGUGAAAUACAGCCAAGGCUCACAUGUACCAAAGUAGAAAACCAAAUAACAGAGAAAUUAGAAAAUGCUUAAGGGAGA